UACACGUUGCUAAGCAACAGCACAGCCCUCUGACGCCGCUUCGAGUUGAGUAAACUCCCACAGUUUUUACUAAGUCGGUCCAAAAUUAGCGCUCAAAAAUGUUGUCUUUUGGUCCAAACGUGAGACUGUCACUGCAGGAACAGAAAGCGGAGCUUCAAGAUAAAAUUCAGUUGCUGGAGAGCGAAGGGACUGCGUUUUAUGAGCGUUCUCAGUCCGUUAUCAAGAAGAACCAUGAGAUCAUCCUCCAACUGAGGCCGGCGAACCAGAAGCUGCACAAAGAACUGGCUCAGGUUGAUCAACACAACUUGUCAAAACAGAAAGCAGUUUCAAAACUAGAGCAAGAGCUGCUGUUCCGGAGAAGACGUCUCGAUGCCCUAACCCACACCACCCUGAGCUACCAGCAGCGCCUUGAUGAGCUCAGAAUAGAAGAAGAGAGAAGAAACCAGGAGCACAGCAUGGCAGCUAUGUCCACUGUAGCUUGGGAGUUUGAGCUAGAGGAAGACGCAAGGAAUUUUCGUAUGCUGGAGAACCGUCUGGAUAAAUUUCAAUUCAAGUGCAAGGAGGCUGAAAAAUGCAAGAUGAUCAACAUGAAGCUCAAGACACAGAUGCAGGAUGAGUUUCGGUGCUAUGGAGCACAGAUCGACAAUUUAGAAAAAGAAUUGCUGAAGUACAGACAGGAGUUUCACAACCUGGAGGCCCUAAAUAUGGAGGCUUACCUCUCAAAAACAACUGCUGAGGCUGAGUUACACCAGCUGGAGGAACAGCUGUUGAAAGAACACAAGGAGAGAGAAAGUAACAUAGCAAGGUUAAGGCAGAAAGUUGAUCAGCGCAAGGUUCAGUCUGAAAAGCCUGACAAAAAGGUACAGAGAACAGUUCUGGAGGUAGAUGAGUUGGAUAGCGAGGCCCAGCAAAGCACCAGGAUCAUACCUGAAGAAGAGAAAGCCAACCCCAUCUUUGAGGAGAUCUUGAAGAACCUCAAGGAAGCCAUUGGAGUCUCAGAUUUGCAGGACGUUGUGGAGCAUUUUACCUUAGAGAAGGAGAAUUGUGAACGUUUAGAGAAUCUAAAGAAACAGAAUGACGAGGCUCUGGAGAAGCUGAAGGAGGAGAAGGAGCUGCUUAGCAAACAGUUUGAUCAAAUGAAAUACUCUGGGGAGGCCAAGCUGUCCAGUGAGAUGCUGAAGUUGGAGGAGUGUGUGCAGCAGCUGCAGAUCCAGCUACAGAGACGUGAUGCAGACGCAGAGCGCCUGGCCGACAAUGUGAAGGCCCUCGGCGCCAUCAGAGCCGGAGUUGAGCACCUGGCAGGGAAACUGCAGGACACCUCUCUUAUGGAGGACAAACCUUUCAAAUCCUCCCCAACUUCAGAUGAGUUUGUGCUGGAGCUUUUGAACCAGUGUGAUGCGAAACUGCAGAUCUUACUAAAGGAGCUUGAAGGGAUGGACAUGGCCUCUGUCAUGAAGGAGAUAGAAGAAGAUGAGUUCUACACCACAAUUGAAGGGAGGCUUCCCAAGACCAACACAAAAGUGAAAGUGCCAUACAAACCAAUAAAGGACAUGGGCAAAGAAGAGGGUGAACUCAAAGAUGAUGAGUUUGACAUCAUAACACGAGAUGCCCUGAAGCGUCAGUCUCAGCUCAUCAUUGAAUCCAACUUGAGCAAAAAGCCUUGGAAAAAAUAAGUCCUGAUCUAAAGCAACAAGAGUAACACAAAGUGUUGCACGACUGUGAAGUAGAAGGAAAAUGACAUGUGGUGGGGUUGUUUUUCCUAAUAAAAAUGUGAGAAAUGGCAUACUCAGAGGAAUAUUCUCCGGUCAGAUAAGAAUGCAUGCAUAAUUAUUUUAUGUAACGGAAAACUAGCACUGUACUUCACCCUUAACACACAAUCCUCACACAAUGUGAAAUGCGUUGACAUGAGGGUCUUAAUCAUCAUAUUCAGCAGGGGCAGAGAAGCUUGUAAUGUAGCUAUACAUGGCAAUCCUCCGUAAAAGUGUUGCUUUUAUUCAUUCAUGAGAAAUUCUUGAAUCUCCCAUGGCAAACAUUUUGUUUGGAAAAACGCGUGGUUUCACAAAGCCCCGCCUUUUCCUUGAAGCUCCUCCCCAGAAACACAGUUUCCAUCUGAGUUUUCGCCUCAAAAAGCACAACUCCCCCACAACUAACCCAGUCAGCAAUUUGAAAACACCUGGUGGAACUGCGAUUCUGCUGAGCUUAUCUUAGGAACUACUUCUAAGUGAAGCAUUGGGAAAAAUGGUAAAGACUUAAUGGAGAAGGCGAUGAAGGCGGCGUGAUGGAAAGAGCAAGAGCUUGUUAAAGAGACAGUGACACAAUUUCAAGAUGUUAAAUUGCAAAGUCAAAUUUCUUUUAAGUCUUGUUUGAUUUACAACUGAAGGUAGCAUAGUUAUUUGAUUACGAUGUGCAUGGAAAAUAUAUAAUACUGUCCCUUUAACAAACAACCAAAGGUGCAAUAAAAUCCUUUAUAUCCAUUGUAAAUCUGUUGCAAGACUUGACAAGCACUGUUCACAAACUCUCCGCAUCUAAUCUGUCUGAGUCUGAGCUAUUUCACAAAGAAAAAUAGACAGAAAUUCAGUCGCACUGUUGGCAUUGCGACUGAAUUUCUGUCUAUUUGUCUUUUGGGUUAAAGACAUAACUCAAAUGAUUUGUGGCUAUAUUUGCAGCAAAGGUGGCUGUACAAAGUAUUGACUUGGAGUUGCUGAAUACAAAUGCAUGCCACAUUUUUAAAAUUUUUGUAAUGGUAAAGAAAAUUCCAGCUAUGUACUAAUUUGUGUAGGUCUAUCACAUUAAAUCCCAGUAAAUUGCUUUGGAGUUUGUGGUUGUAAUAUAAAAACAAAGAAAAAAUUUCAGGAGUUAAAAUGUUUUUGUGACAAUUCAAUGUGUUAAACAUGACUCAGUUGCUAUAAAUACUAAAAAAUCUAAUAAAAAUGAUUAAUAUCUCAUUGUACAUGUUGCAUCGUCACUGAACAUCAUCGGUUGUUAGAUGAUCCUCGUUAAAUGAUCCGUGUGUGUGUGUGUGUGUGUGUGUUCUCGUGUCAGCUUUGUUUUGACAACAGCCGUGUGCUGCUGAGGGUGUUGCACCAACACAGAUAUUUCCACCUAUCACCAGGCAACAUUUCAGCCGUUGCCUCCUGGGAGUCAACGACAGAAGGUUGCUCCGACUUAUGAAUCCUUUCACAGUGAAUAGAGUCAAGUUUCGGGGAAGUUUUUGUCCUUUUUUUUUUUUUGCUUUGUUUCUAGUGACUGAAACCAGUUCAUUGUAAAUACUCCAGGUUUCAAAUUGCAGAUAUUACGCCGCAGAGCCAUGAAAACCUACACCUAUGACAUAUUCAGACUCUUCUUCGUUAGGAUGAAUCAGAACCCGCUGGUAUGUGGUGCAUGGUUACAUGCAACACGUUAAGUAUGUCAGGCACAGUUCUGCAGCUUUAUUCAGAGAAUUCACGUGUUGUUGGAGCCAGCUCUUGAAUGUCAGGUGCUCACCUUUGUUCUCUGACCUCUCAAAUGUCUGCCCUAUGCCAGAGGGAAUUUCUGUUUUUAGUUGCAAAGCAAACGUCUUACACGUAGACCCAGCAGCUGCAGCCAAAAACAAAAAGCUUCAAUCCAAGUAGUUCAACAGGUGCCUGGUUCUCUUUGUCAGUGAGUGUGUGUGUGUGUGACGUAAAGAAGGUGACAAUAAAGCAGCUGUGGCGUAA